AUGACAACCGGAAGUGAGGCAACCCUUGCCGGAAAUGAAGUAGAAAACGUGACGAAAGCUCUGAUGAAGACAGUCGAUCCCUACGCCAUUAUGAAUGAAGGAAUGGUUUCCAAGAAUCAGUAUGAGCAGUGCAGCUUCAUCAUCAACGUUAUCAUGAAGCCCUCGGUGUGCAUUGCCGGCGUCAUAAUGAACGUCAUCGGCAUUUGCGUGUUGUUACGUAAAUCUUUCCGCCGCUCCACCUACAUCUACCUCGGUUUCCUCUCUAUCUCCGACGUCGGGUACCUCCUCUGCGUUCUCAUACGCAGCCUUCCCAAGAUCAUCGUCCUUUACGAUGAUGUCCUCGCAAACGUCAUCGAAAUACCCAUUUUCUCGUACAUCUCCAUGUACUUUGACCUUGUGUUCACAAGAACAUCGGUUUUUCUUAUAUGCGCUUUGUCCAUCGAAAGGUUUGUUGCAGUGCUACGUCCUUUGACAGUAAGGGAACUAUUUUUGUCGCGUCACGCUUUAUCAAUAUGUGUAAGUGUUUUUGCCUUUUGCGCAAUUUUCUAUUUCCAUUUUCUCUUCGUUUACUACCCUCAACCGUAUUUUAACCCAAGUCGCAACAUAACGAUGUACACGGUUGGCCGCCGCCCUUGGUUCUUUGAUUCUGGUUUUGAGAAGGUAUUCUCUGUUUUAAACGAUAUCUUGAACUUAUAUGUCCCUCCCGUCAUUCUCAUAACGUGUAACAUCGGUAUUCUGGUCACGUUAGGUGCUGCUAAGAAGAAGCGAAAACGUCUCUUCUGUAAUGGUAGUGUAAACGACAUCUCGGCCAAUGACCAAAAAAGGAUAACGUUAACUCUGUUGAUUAUCUCCCUCUUCUUCCUCGUUGUGUUCCUCCCUGUCAUAGUCGUUGGUGUGUUAGCAAAAUAUGACCCGCAAAUGAAAGCUUUCGGACGCGAGCACUACUUCUUGUUCCUCAUGGCGGAUGUGACGUCACUCUGUUGGAGUAUGAGCUCAGCCAAUGAUUUCAUCGUCUACAUCUACACAAGUAUACAGUUCAGGGACACUCUGUUGGCCAUGUUCUGCCGAGGGAGAUAUGUCUCGAACAUGGAGCCUAAUCGAUCGCAAAGCGCAUCUAACGUUUCCCGCCUCACCAGUACCAGUUCGGACGAAGUAGGUGCAGUGGUCCGAGUCUCUGAGACUAGAUAUUAA